UGUCUCUCUCUUCGUCUCACCACCGUUUUUGUCUAAAAUCCAAUUUGGUUGAGCUUGGCGAUAAAUAUUCAAACAACGUACGUAUAGAUCAUGUUCGAUAAGAGCCAUUAUCAAUAUAUGCGUAUUGUCUUUUGAUCGAAAAAAUGGAAUUGAUAAACUAUUUCCUCAAUCUAACUGCGCCUUUCUUCACCUUCUUUGGUCUCUGCUUCUUCUUGCCUCCUUUUUACUUCUUUAAGUUCGUGCAGUCUAUUUUCUCGACCAUUUUCUCGGAAAACCUUCACGGGAAAGUUGUUCUCAUCACUGGUGCUUCCUCCGGCAUUGGCGAGAACUUGGCAUACGAGUAUGCAAGUAGAGGUGCAUGUUUGGCCUUGACCGCUCGAAGGAAGAACCGUCUAGAAGAAGUGGCAGAGAUUGCUCGUGAAAUUGGAUCUCCCAAUGUUUUCACCGUUCAUGCUGAUGUCUCCAAACCUGAUGAUUGUAGACGACUCGUUGAUGACACCAUCACCCAUUUCGGGAGAUUGGAUCAUCUUGUAAAUAACGCUGGGAUAACGCAGAUCUCGAUGUUUGAGGACGUUGAAGAUAUAACCAGGAAUAAAGCAGUUUUGGAUACCAACUUCUGGGGGUCAGUUUAUACUACUCGUGCUGCGCUUCCAUACCUUCGACAAAGCAAUGGUAAGAUCGUGGCUAUGUCUUCCGCUGCAGCGUGGCUAACGGCUCCAAGGAUGAGUUUUUACAAUGCAAGCAAAGCAGCUUUGUUGAGCUUCUUUGAGACGAUGAGAAUUGAACUUGGUGGCGAUGUACACAUUACAAUCGUCACACCUGGUUAUAUCGAAUCCGAGCUCACACAAGGCAAGUACUUCUCCGGGGAAGGCGAGUUAAUAGUCAACCAAGACGUCAGAGAUGUUCAAAUAGGACCAUUUCCGGUAGCAUCUGCAUCAGGAUGCGCCAAGGCGAUAGUGAAUGGUGUGUGCCGCAAACAGAGAUAUGUGACAGAGCCAUCGUGGUUUAAGGUGACAUAUCUUUGGAAAGUGCUAUGUCCGGAGUUGAUUGAGUGGGGUUGUCGGUUAAUGUAUAUGACUGGAAGUAGUAUGUCCGAGGAAAAUGCUCUCAACAAGAGGAUCAUGGACAUUCCUGGUGUGCGUAGUGCUCUGUACCCGGAAUCUAUCAGGACGCCGCCGGAAAUCAAGUCGGAGUAGAGUGAGGUUGAUUACAUAAUAAAUAGAUGAGAAGUACGUAUCUUAGAAUAUGUGCGAUCAGUAAUAAUAAUCAAACAUGUAGGUUUGUUUUUGUGAAUGGUAGUACUUUUGACUAUGUAUAUUAACACUAUCUGUGUCUUCAAGAAUAAGUAAGUUGCCUAAUACAGAACAUGCUUGUAGAACAAGUCAUUUCUCUUCUAGA